GAGGAGAAAAACGCAAUGGAUAUUAAGACGGGUUAUCCUAGUACUUAAUUAGAAAUCUUCGUUAAAGAUGAAAAAGGAGGUGGAAUGUCGAUAGGACGAAGCAUAAGUAACUUCUAAGAAUUGCAGCGGCGGCGACCAACGACAGGAAGCUCAAGAUGAGGACGAUGCACCUCCUUGCUUGAAUAAAGUGGAGACACCAGGAAGUACAGUGGAUAAAGGGGCAUUUUCUUAUGACCCUGUGGUCUCCGUUUAGAACAAAUUGAAUCAUCAUGUCUAGUAGGUACCUCGUUCACAACAAAAGCAAAGCGGGUUCAGACUUACAACGGCGAACUAUAGUUCAAGGCUCAGGAUCAAUUAAUUGAAUCGUCUUCUAUACCCCAAGAAUGGGUCCUUACACUACUUCUACUGCUACUACUACUACUACUGCCACUACUAUAGUUUUAACAGAACUUCUGGCUCUGGCAGCACUGAAGUCGAGCUACUUCUUCUAAUAUCUGGAUUCUAGUUCAGAAAAUAGUGUUAAAAGUAUGGACCUCCUUCUUCUAAUAUCUGGAUUCUAGUUCAGAAAAUAGUGUUAUUACACUGAGCACAGGGACAAAAGUAUCCGGACCGCCAACAGCACCUGUGAGUUGGAUGCCCUUACCGCCUGUACCUAGUAUGAGCCCACCUACAUUCGGCAGGGCCAGCGCGGCUUGUAGGCAGGAGCAGCAGUCUUCAGAAAUAAAUAUUAAGGAGCAGUCUUCAGAAAUUAUAAAUAUUAGUCAGAAAAUUGAAAACAUUAAUAUUAGUGGGGGGCCAAAUUUUAUGGACUGACAACUCAGAGAUGAACAAGUCCACUUCAUCUUAGUGAGACUUUCAUGGUUUAUUGUGUUUUUUAUCCAUUGACGAAGAGAAUGCUGGCAUACCAUUUCUCCCAUGCAGCAAUCAUCACUUGUCUGAGUGCAACAAAUUGCUCUAGGUACUAUGAGCUCGUCUGAUAUUGCUACCGCGAUCUGCCAGUUCUAAAUCCUCGGCUAGUGAGCCUAACGUGGAUCUUGAGGCUCAGGUAGAUCGAGAUGCUGCGGACCAACGCCGUAGCGUCUUAGAGGAGGAUACAGCGGCAAGCACUGCAUCUAGUUCUUAUGGAGGCCAUAAUUGAAAUUUUAUAGUAUACGUUAGAGUACUACUUAUACUGGCAUUUGAAAAAUUCCUGAAUCAGUAAGUUGAAGUUCUUCAUCUUCGUAAUGCUGCACCUGCUUUUGAUUUUUUCACUCUCUUCGAUAUGAUGUUGACCUUCUCUAAUCCUAAGGUGAUGUUGGUGCGGCUGCCGAAGCCGGAGGUGGCGAUGGGAAUGGGGGAACGACAUCGGGGGCGACUUCAUUAGCAACUCAGCUAAAUAGUCUCCCGAGAGGUCAAUUGUCACAGCAGCUUCAGUUAUGGGUAGAUCUUCUGUAGGCUUUUAGUUAUAUGACAUGUUGAAAAAAUUAGAAUACGAAGACAGAGGUGCACCUGUCACUAUACCUCUGAAAGUGUCAUUAUGAAUGAUAACUACACCGAUCACAAAGAUGGAGUGUCCGCUAAACAAGAUGACUUUGAAUACAAGAACAAGUCUCACAACCACUCUUCCUCUAACCUAUGUACUAGCUCAGAGCCAGUGCGUUCCGCCGCCCCAGUUACCAUGCGCGGUGGAUCCAAAUAGUGGUGGUAGCAUGAUACCUCAACAGCUGGCUCCACAACAGGUGCCACACCAGCAGAUGCCUCAGCUGAUGUUAAGGGUAGUUUUUCACAACUAUCCCAUGUGGACUAUGCUGAGUGGGCUCCUCCUGGCUUUGGAGGGGAAAGUGAGGGGCAAAGAGGGCAACCCACUCGAGUCGGGAUAGUGAAACGCUACCUCUAAUAAUGGUGAACAAUGGCGGGCCACCAUGCGCGCCACCUCUUUUCACACCAGGAGGAACAGGAGUAAUGUGUGACGCACAACAGCAGCAGGCAAUGACUCUACCUAGUAUCAGUCCUCAGCAACAGGGAACAAUGGGGCAACCGCAAAUACCAUCGAUACAACAGUGGGACAUGAAUUUCAUUUAUGGCUUCUGAAUCAUGUCUAAAAAGUCUAGAACAAGCCGUAGUAGAGCCGUAGUAGUGCUGCAGUAUCAGUAUGUCCAUUCCAAUGUGCAUUUUCUAAUACCAGCAACCGCAACAGGGCUUCCUUCCACAGGGCACCAUGAUGCAGCAUGGAAUCCCCGGGAUGAUACCUCAGCCACCACCGCCACCACCACAAGAGGCUGGAGGGUCUAGUGGACAGUUAUGAAUUUGAGUUGUUGCGAUGUGCAAUUAUCAGAAACUCCUCAGCAGUGCUAAGACGACAAGAAGACGUUGAGUCACAUUCAAUAGAAAUAGAUGGACCGAAAGGAAUACAUGACUACAUUACUUAGGGGGCACUCGUAACUACAUUUUCAGUUCAAUACUUUAUUCUCUUUCAUACUAGCAGCACAGCGCGACUUCAACAGCGCAGCAGGCGCAAGAAAUGCAGCAGCAGAUGCAGAAUCUAGCGAUGCAGCAGCAGUUGAUAGCAUCCAUGAACCAACAGAUGGCGGCCAUGCAACAGCCAGCGCAGAGUCCCAGUGGUACUCCUCAGGACUCGCCAACUACUUGUCCUAGUGCCGCGGGCUCAAUAUUGCCCUCGCUUGUGCCGCUCGCGUCAACCGCUUGUCCUCUAUCAUCUUCGGGUGGGGAAGUAGAACCGGGAAUAUCUUCAGGCGGAGCGAUCGUGGACAGCAGUAAUCUACCUGGGAAAGACCCUGCAACAUGUGCCGGAAGUGGAGCGGGAGCGGCGGACAACAUUAUGGGUGUAGGGAAUUCAUCUCCAAAGUCAUCUGGUAGAACGAAACAAGAAGGAAAGGGGACCCAGAUGAUCCCUGGGAAGUAGAUGAGUUCCCUACUAUACCUCUAACAACACAAUAAACACUGCAUCUUCUUCGUGUUGUCCACCAAGUAACCACCUUGCAAACAAUAGUUCAGCAACCAAUUCAAGCAAUACUAAUUCAUCAAUAAUCCCUCUUCCUCCGGGACCAGGGGCGCCUCCGGGAGCAUCUAAUUCACUGCAAUCAACUAAUUCAACUAAUUCUUAAGGCUCAAAAUAAUUCAUCUUCAAGGGUCAUUUUCUUGUUCUUCUGUUCCCUUCUUGGGAAUCUGAAGAAAUCAUGACUGGAGAAGUAAAUCGUUUUGAGCUCUAAUACUCAACAGCAGGAGUCGUUGUUCACUUUCAACCAGACCCUUCUGGAGGAAGCGCACAACCACAACAGGGAGAAAUUCAAUAUCAGCAACAUAUGCAGCAAAGCAACCAGCAACAAGACCAGCAAGAACCAACCAUGGGAGGCGCAACAGCAAGUACAGCGCUUCCACAAGUCGUCGAUCAGCAGACGGCACACCAACAACAAAGAGUUAUGGCUGUGGCUCAUUAAAAGAUUUUGCCCUUAGCUUUAAGCGUCCGAAACUGUGGUGAAAGCGGAAUGCAUAGCUAAAAAUCAGAUAGACCCAUCUGGGAUCUUCAUGACAGGUAGAUCGAUGUAGACAAACUGCGUGCACUCGUAAGCAGGACAUUAUUUUUGAUGCUUUGUCCGCCUUGCUUUUUCUAAUUUCCACAUACAACACCAGCAAUUUCAGCAGACUGUGCAGCCGAGUCACCCUGUACAGCAGACACAGUUCGACAACAGCGGCGUCAUAGAAAUGAUUAGUAGCAACGCCUGUGUCCCACCACCCGGCAGUCAGCAAGCUAUGAGUCAGCAAGUGGCUAUGCAGCAAGGGACCUUGCAGCAGCAAGCUAUGCAGCAACAGGCCAUGCAGCAGGGACCACUAGGGAUGCCACCACAUCACCAUAUGGGGGUACAGUAUCAAGGCACCAUGGAUCACCCGCAACAAUAUCAGAAUAGUUAAGGCUUUCCGUAUAAUUUUGAUUCAUCUUAAGAAAGAAGCGUCUGUGCUACGUUCUCGAGGAGAGAAUGCAUGGCCACAGAUGGUGCAUUUCAAGAUGUUGAAUAUCGACAAGAUCUAAGAAGAUGCGCAACACCAGUAUGGAGGCCAUAUAAUGCAGCAGCAGCAGCAGCAGCAGGGAUGCAACAACAUGCAGAUGCAGUCGAUGAUGCAGCAUCCACAAAUGCAGCAUGCCCAUGCGCAACUGCAAAUGACACCAGGUGGAGGAGCUGACAUGAUGCAGCAACAAGGCAUGGGAGCCUGCGUCCCACCUCAACAUGGAGGUAUGGUACAUCAGGGUCAACAUCAGCACAAUGGAGGUAUGCACCCGCCACAGCACAACGGGAUGCACCAGACACCACAGCACAAUCAUGGGAUGACGCCGCCAGGCAUGGCCGCUGGCUGUAUUCCCCAGCAGCAGCAUGGAGGGAUGCAACAGGCUCCAAAUGGAGUCGUGUGCAGCCCACAUGAGCAGCAGAUGAUGCACCUGCAGCAUCAAGGCGGACAGCACCCGAGUAGCAUGGAUGGUAGUAUAGGGACUUCUAUGGGGCACCACCCUCAUCAACUUAUGGCUUGUUCUUAAUAUUCAGGUCUACUCCUUAGAGACAUCUUUGACGUGCUUUCAAGGGAGAACCAGUUACAAAGAAGAUGGGCUCCAAGUAGAUGGGUUUCGGGUUUAGGGUCUAAUGAACAUGCAGGAAUGGAGGGGCAACCUAGGGACCAUGAAUACAACGCAGGAGCAAUGAACAUGAACUCAACAGCUGCUAUGAUGGCCGCGCAUAGUAACCAGAUGCAGGCCAAUCAGAUGCACAGUAACCAGAUGCAGCAGGGAGUUGUGCUCGACCAGCAAGGUAUGCCUAUUUAUCCACAGCCUGGUGUCGACGGCCAAUCAGGACCUGCACAGUCGAUGCCGAAUCAUUAUUAUGGCUUCUAAGUACUUAAAUCGACGCUCGUUCUCGUUUUCUUUGGUGAAUGGUUCUGGUAUUUGGUAACCUGAAUUUGAUCCUAAGGGAAAACAACUGCCGUGGUUCUGCUUCCCAGAGUAAAUAUUUAUAGCUUUAGUUAGGUCGGCUCCACCACAAUUUAUAGCUUUACAGCUGUUGAGAUGAAAGAAGUACUUUUGUAGCCGGACGGCAGCUUCUUGGAACUCUCUAAUCUCCUCAGCAUCAGAUGAGUGGAGGCACUUCUAUGCUGCAUCCAGGUGCUCAGCAGUUUCAGCAUCCAGGAGACGCAACGGGAAUGCAAGGACAACACAACUGUCCUCCAAAUCUUCCACAGCAUGUGUCGAUUCUGCAACGCGGAAACUCAGGAGCUGCAGCUAUGAACAUGCUGCAAUUGCCGACGUCCACAGGUGGUGCUGGUGGUGGGUGGCAAAACCAAAACGGAGGAGGACCAGGAGCAGGACAGGUGCAACACCAUCGUCGUAGUCAUAGCGCGUCGAGUGUAGCUAGUGUUAAGGCUUCCUCUAAUCCAUCUCCAAAAGCAUCUUCUCAAAGGAAGCUGUGCCCCAGCAAGGGAAUACAGAUCUGAGAUCAUGAGUCCCAAAAUGGAUUAGCGUGAGCUCUAAUAGAAGUGGUAAAGACCACGGUGGAAGGUCCUACAUUGAUCCUUACGGCAUGUCCGCUUCGGGCCAGAAUGUCUGCGCAUCUUCCUUCGGCAAAGAUGUUGGUAAAGACGGGGGGCGUCGUGGAGGCAAGUACAACGGAGGAGGUGUUGUACCAAACAUCAAUGGCGGAGGCGGUGGUCCUUCGGCACUCCACUCCUUCGGCAAUUCAACAUCGCAACAGAACAAUAGUUGUGCUGGUGCUGGACCUGGAAUGCCUCCUGCUGGUGGUGGGAACAAGGAUAACAACACUAGUUGUAGUGCUGGUGGUGUCAACGGUGGAGGACCUCAUAACAGUGGUGGAGGAAAAGAUAGCAGCAAAGAAGGACGCACGAAGUACGGCAACCAUUCAGGCGGCCGCGACAGCAGUACCUCUCAACAUCAGAGUCAGCGAGACGGCAAAAACAACCCGUCGUCCUCGUGGUUCCAUGGUGCCGCUAGAGGGUCCUGGGCUGACAGUUGGGCAACCGACAUCAUGAACAGUUCCUCAGGUGGCGGCAAACCUAGUGGCAAGGCGCAAGCGGACAGGACAGACCGUGGUCAGGGCUACGGAAACCUGUUACAAGGUGGCGAUUAUAGUGCGUUGAAGCUCCCCACUGCGAAUAAGGGCAACACUACACUGCAAAAGACGUCGUCUAACGGCGAUUUCGGUGCUAACCAGGCAGGCCACUACACAGGAACAACCAAUGGGUCAACGACAACGGCAUCUUCGGCAGCGGGUGCCCAACACUUUCUGGGCGCGCAUCAAGACCACCAACAACACGAUAAUUCGCAUGACGGAGGGAACGGUUGUAGUCACCUCGCGGGGACUCAUAAUAUGGCUGCUGGUUUUCUUGUUGGUUGUAGAAGAACUUGUAUAGAUAAAAUACAACGGGUUUUAGAGUCUUGAAUACCACGAGGUCUAAGUUCGUGGUUAGAACCAUUCGCGAGCAAGGCGCAUGUGCCGUCAGCCCGUUUGCCACUCUCAUUUGAGCUUUGAUAUUUUCAAGAGCAGAAAUUAUCUGAAUCUUUCUCUAAUCAAAACUACCACGACUACAGCAGCCUAGCUCCCAGCAUCGUCCGUAUGUCGCAACAGAGUCAGCAUCAGCAGCACCAGAAGAAACCUAGGCCUCGCGGCGCCAUUCUUUCGGUGCUCGAGGAUGAGUGUUCUGCUAGUAAACUAGGUGCCGCUUCUGAAGACGAAGAUGUUCCCACUGAAUGCCGGACCUCCGAACAGGAGAGCUCAGAGGCCUCUGGGGGCGCACACUUCUUAGCGGAUGCGCACCAUAACUACAGUUAAGGCUUGCAGCCCUAGUUCAUCUUUUGAUGCAUCGAUUUUGUUGGAACCUAUUUUUGUAUCCAUAUAAGGCAAAAAAUAGAAAGCCGAGUAUUUAGGACGAACCCAAAGAGAUGGAUUUGGGUGAGCUCUAAUACAGCGGCUUCAACGCGUCAACUUCAACGACUGACGCAACGGAGCAUGAGGACAGCACCGCAACACUGAACGGCGGUGUGGAAAGAUCUUCAGCACGGUCUCCAACGCACCACUCUUCACGCACUGGCGAGCAAAGCAGCAACGCGCCUUCUCGCAGCCCUAGCACGAUGAAUAGUAACAACAAUAUUAACGAAAAGGGUUCUAGUGCGAACACGAGUUCGAUGCACAAUCAGUCCUCGUCUAGCACCUCUAGUACAGGAGCUCCUUUAUCCAGAUCAGCGACUCAAACCAGUUCUUCGUCGAGAUCAAAGACAAGCGGCGGCUCAAAGGGAACACAGAAAGUUAAGGCAUUUCUUAUUCUUGUCAAAGUUACAUGUCGAGUAUAGGUAUUGAGUCAACGUUAUAUGUUGAGUACUAGUGAGCCAUACAACAUAUUGCCUCUCUCUUUCUUCGAGCGGAUAAGUAUCUUUCUCUAACAAGAAAAACCGCACGGAUGGUGGAAAAGCGGCGCAUAAGGCAGAGUCAGCAGGACGUGGUGGUAAUGGCAGCAGUGUGGCCCGUGGUUCGAACAAGGGGCCACGAGGCAAAGAUACUAGCGCUGGCAGUGCCAAUAACUCACAGCAAGAUCAAUACAACCACAGCAAGGAGGUUGGUGACCACUAUAACAAUAAGGACCCCAACUACAAUCAAUACAACAAUAUUAAGGUGGAGCACCAUCUCCAUCAGUAUAACAACUCCUCUACUUCGACUAGUAGUACAAGUACGUCGACUAGAGGUGGAAGUCAACAUUCGCAACAUACGCAUUCUUCACAACUACACCAGCAACAGCAAGGAGGAAUGCCGUGGCAGCCGAGUCUUCGUAUGUCCUCACGAGAAGAGCAGGGUGGAAAGCCGCAUGCUCGGGAUCAGAGUUGGCAACAUCAAACUACAACGACUCAGCAUCGACGAGAGCAUGGUAGGAGUAGCAGUAACCUUGGAGCACCUAAUGCUACUAGCAGCAAAGGUACCUCAAGCACUAACGGUGGUACUGGGGCUACAGCUAGCAACAUGAUGAAUGCAAGUCGCGGGCGAGAUGGCCAACAUGGAUCCAGCACCAGUGUGAAUUCAUCGCCGACCACUGGAGGUAGUAUGAGCAUGAGGGCAUCUUCUUCAACAGGCGGAGGCGCAGGGAGGCCACCUCUAUACAACAAUAGUUCGUCGUCGAUGAACAAGUACGAUGAUCAAACCGGCAAGUCCAGCAACGCAGCUGCAUCACGGCUUAGUGCAACAGGCAUUCUCGAUGUGGCUGACCUUCGUAGUGAAGGACGUUCUCGUACUUCGACUACGUCGUCGCAAGUCAUGGCAGCAAGAACAUCUUCGUCUAUUGACGCACGAGGAUCCUCUUCUAAGAUGCACCAAUCUUCAAGUAAAGGGCAAGCAGGAGCUGGACCGACAUCGUCAACAGGACCAGCGAUGCCGCCUGUCCUUCAUGCCUCUACUUGCUCAGGCUUAGGAGGUAGUAACUCCAAUUUCGUUACUUCCGUGACACCUAGCUCGACGAGCAAGAGGAUGUCGAGCCCUAGUUGUGCAACAUCUUCAAGCCCUCGUUGUGCUCGUGACAGCAAACUGAACAACACUCCCACUCCUGGAGGAACGUCGAGUUUUAAUCCUUCUCUGCAUCACAUCCGCGGUUCAGCAGGAACUGGUACACUGGAUGGAGGAUCUUCGAGUAAUUUUGCUAGCCUUCCUAGUACAGAAGUUUCAAACCUUCUUGAUGUUAAGGCUUACAGUGAUUCAUCUCGUUGAGAAGCAUCUCUGCCUCCUUUUCUAAAGUAGCUAGAGAUAACACACUGGCGAUGCUUUUCAAGAUGAAGAUAAGUGUGAGGGCUAAUCAUGAUGCAGCUGGUACGUUUUCGAAGACGACGUCUACCUCUAGUUCUUCAGAUGAGCCUGUGCCUGUGGGUGGGGCAACUUCUAGUGCUUCUGCUUCUAGUGCCACACCUUCUGCUAGUACUGGUUCUAGUUCAUUACCUCCAUACCUCGGCAACAAGAAACCGAAAUCUUCAGGGAGCAAGACGAAGAACAAAAAGAAGGACGUCAUGUCGAUGAACGCUAGUCCGUUAUCUGCUGCAGCUAAAAACAGUAAUAUCCUGAGACCAACAGGAGCCACGCACCUCCUCGGAAACUGUGUGCUGUCCAACAAUGCAGCAUCUUCUAGCUCUAGUUCAUCGAGUUCUAGCAGCUCUUCUAGUGCAGCAAGUGCAAACGCAACACCAACGUCCUCUAAGGGAGACCAUGUUCUGGCAAAAAAUUCAUCAAGUACAAGUACAAGAACUGGCACGUGGUCUUCAUCAUCCUCAUCCUCGCCAAGUAUGGACUCAUCUUCUUCAGGCUCGAAUGUGGAUGUUGAGCAAACAUCUUCUUCAGGCACGAUUAGCAAGAGCGGAGCUGAUAACUCAUCUCCUUCUAUGGAGAGCUCACCUGGUGUAGAAUCUGUCCGAGCAUUAGUGGAGAGGAUCACGGAAAGAGCAGCUCAGAGUGGAGCAGGAGGGUACUUCUAGAAGUUCCUUGUAUUUGAAAUAACUUCUUCUUAUUUGAAUGAUUCACGAGCGAACCCGUACCCGAAUAUCAAGCUAUAGUUGUUUAAGUACUUGAGUCAUGCUAGAGAACCUUUGUUUGAUGUUGUAGAGAUCUAAUAUAUAAAAUGUCGAUAUUUUUACCACUUCUAGUCGAAGAUGACGAUAAAGUUUUUCUGAAAACCAAAACCUUCGCCAGCGACGGAUCGGUUCGCAGAACGAAAGAGGAGAUCGAAAGUUUCAUUCAGCAAAUUGUCACGGACACUGUAGCAAACGCCUUAGCUGGCUUAAAGUUUCCAGCUAUUGCUGAGGUAUUUGAACUAAUUUUUGUGAUUGUUUUUUGGAAGACCUUUUUUUCCCAAGUAGUGGAUGGAAAAGGCUGGCUCCUGUGUCAGUCUCCUGCUAGCGAAGUAAAAGUAUAAGUUUCUUCAUACUUGACUCAACAUUGUCGACUACGUACAUUCUCCAUAAUGAUGCCUACACCAAUAUAUCACACACCUUCAACAGGCUCUUCCAGCCCUUCCGUCUUUGAAGAUGACUAAGAGUCAGAAGAAGAAGGAGAAGAGAACCACUAAGAAGGACGAAAAGUCGAAUUCAAAAUCAGGUGCAGGGGUCGAAGCUGCAGAACCAUCAAUGUACUUCUAGGAAAGACAAGAACUACUCACUCAGAAGUUUUUGAAUAGAUGAGCCUCCUGAUGUAUCUCUUCUAUCUUCUCUUUUGCUUUUCUAUCAUAUAGAUUCCCCUGCUGGUGCUAUGUUAAACUUGUAAAAUUGGCUUCUCACUCUCGUCACUCUCUUCCAGGUCUUCCGAAGACGGAGUGAGCGCUUCAUCACUUAGUACGGAAGAGGCAGUAAUAGUAGCCGGCACUUCUUCAACAACAGUAGAUGGUGUGCAUUGCGCCGCCCUUUCGACUAGUACAACAGGUUCUGAUGAGCAGAGUAGUGCAUGCGCUAGUGACACAGCAACAUCUUCAAGAAGGCAACAAGAAGACGCGCCAGAGGAUACUACAGCAGCCUUUCUUGCUUCGACUAUAGCAGCUGUAAUCGCUGAGAAAAAAGCCAUCCUGCAAGCGCACGUGGACACCCUGAAGGAGGACAUCAGACAAAAACGGGAGAUAGCAGUGGAAAGAUGGGAGGUAUUGCUACUCAUCUCUUGUACUUUUUGCGACUAAUUAUGAUCUAGGAGACAACCGUGGCCAUUUUGGCGCAAGUUGUAAGGGGUUUCGUUGUAAACGGGUCAUUUUAUAUCAGUAUGCUUCGGGUCAUUUUAUAUAUUGUCUUCUGAUCCAAAUCCAUGCCCCUUUUAUUAAACUUCGGCUGUCGGGUGACGCACGCGGACUGCAGCAAAAACACAAAGAGGCAGCGGGGGCGGCCAUGCAAGGGGUGCCUAGAAGAUAGUUGGCUGUCUUUCCUCCUCGCGCCUCUGUGUUUUUUCUCUGUUUCUUCAAGUGAGUGACCCAGGUGCUCCGUUUCGUUCCCCUCUGAUCCUCUGAUAGUAACUUGAUGGAUGCGCAGGCAUCUUACUGAUGAGUAUGAGCAUGAUUCUUCUGCUUCAGAGUCAGAGCUUAUUACUUCUAAUAGAGUAGGUUGUCUAGCUCUAGUAAAAGCGCCACUAAUAAUCUACUUAAAAGCCAAUCACUUGCGUUAUCAAAAGCCAGUAAAAUUCAGUUAAAACUACUUCAAAAUCCUCCACAUCAUAGGCUUUCCAGCAAUUAACCCGUCAGUGGAUCCAGAGGGCUGAGGAUGUGCGAGGACCAUUGUGGGAGUCUAUCAAAAAGUUGCUGCUGGAUGCCUAUAAAUUUGCGCAUUCUGCCGAUAGCCUGCCUUUAAGACAUCGUUUGAGAAGAUGUUGAUUUCGUUUGUUCGUUUGAGAAGAUCAAGAUACUGAAUCCUUUGGUCUUCCACGGUUCACCUCAUUUCUCUAGAAGGUUCUUUGUUAAAAUCUACUAGACGAGUCAAAUUCAUUGGGAGUGUAAUUUAUCAAGCUUUGGUAGGUGUUUCUUCCUGUUGCCGUUGUUCGUUUUGCCUUUCAAUAUCUUAAAGGGGUAGAAGAAUCAAUUGGAAAUCACCAGGGAGUAUAAAAUCUUAGGCAGGAAUAUAUAUUGCCGAAAUUCGAAUAGAAUUUACAAUAAUUAUUCAUCAACGGGGAAAGGCACGACGGACGGGGUAUUAAACGAACUACACCAAAAUAACCCUACCUCUUCUAAUGCCUCGAAUUUGGCAAAUGUUCAGGGAAGUAGUGAUUCCUUUCGUAGUGGUCGGGACAAAGCGCUGCUACAGACGGACGAUAUAUUAUGGCUGCAAGAAGGUUUAGAAGUAAAUUAGUCGUAUCACAUUCACAAGCAGGAUAUGACGUAGAAGAAGUUGCGACUCAUCACUUUCUUGUCCAUUUGUUGAAGAUGAGCCGUUUGAUACUUAGUUCCUAGUUCGUUUGCGCUUGAACGUUGUAUGCCUUUUCAGAACCGUUAGGAGGUGGCCCGGUUAGAGAGUGGCCCAUAGGCUUACAGGAGAUUCCCUGGGUGGAGCGCAUGCGUUGAAUCUAAUCCACCAAGAAGAGGGAUCCAAAGAGUGAUCCAUUCGAACUGGAAGGCGAAGGUGGCUCGCAGACGAGGAAAAAAGCAGGACGCGGACCACAACUGAGCCAUCUGAAAGUUAAGUUUCUUCCAGAUGAAACAUAAACAGAAGUUCAUUUCUAAUUGUUCUAACGACCACAAGCCAUUUGAUUUCUCCCAUCGGUUUCCUUCUUACGACAAUCUCCUUGUUCAUCGUGAAGUGAGCUUCUUAGAAGUGUUUCCGUCUUCUUAGGACAAAAAUUGGGAGAAGUCUAUCAGCAUCAUUGAAAGUUGCAUGGAACAAGAAUAAGAAAUGAACGACCAUGUGUAUGAGUAUGUUUUGAAGAGCUCCAUCUCUUUCUCUAAGAAAAGAGGCGACCUGACCUAUUCUUACAUGUCUCUCGCCACUAGCGUUCAAAUAACUUUGAACAUGAUCUUCACGCAGAUGGCUACCAUCUGUAAACGCUUGAACUUGGUGGACGAAAUGUCAGGGUUAGGACUGCUGACAUCAAGGACGAGUGGAACUAGACCCCCUCGUAGUGGCCGAAGGAAGGUUGGUGAGCGUGAGAAGAAGGGCUUGGCUCUAGGUGGAGAAGCUGCUGAUAGUUGUACUAGUAUUAAGCCUACAACAACUGCAGGGCUAGGAGAGGUCAGAGGAGUAGAAGUAGAUGUCAACAUAGAAGACACUACAAUGUCGUCAAAUGGGAAUGUUCCGAACAAGGAGAAGGACUCGUCAACAUCAUCGUCCUCGUCAUCUUCAAGUGGAGAUGCCAGAAGUGGACCUGUCCUCGUCUCCGGUGAAGCAGGAGCAUCCCUUGGUGUCACUAGUCCAGGAGCAGAGGGUGAGAAAGAUAAAGACGAGAAGAGAGUUCAGAACGCCGCUGACAAUUUAGAAAAGAAUGCUCUACAACUACAGGUGGUCGAGGGAGAAAAGGAGUCGAAAGUAGCUUCAGGCAGUAGUGCAUCUGACGCUGGGGAGAACGAGAAGGGUCAGUCAAGUCAGCAAGCAACGACCCCAUCGCCUACGAAUACAGUGGGCCCAGACGAAGAACAAGAUAGUACUAGUACUGCCACAAAGCAAGGUGCUAUAGUUAAGGCUACCGCUGGAGCAUCCUAAACACCAUCCUUAGCCCUUUUUCAAGGGGAAAAAGGGCCGAGGGAGGCUCUCAGGGAUGCACGUCGGUACCUCUAAUAUAGGGAAGAAAAACAACAACUCGAACACCACUCAAAAAAACAAUAACAAUAACAAGAAGGGUGGCAACAAGAAAAAUCAAAAUGAUGGAGGGAAGAAUAUUGCAAGCACAGCUGGCAACAAGGGAGGAGGAGGUGCAUUCGCAAAGAACGACAAAAAGAACGCCUCAAACACAAAUGUUAGGUACAACGCAGCGGCGUCAAAGACAAAUGUUAUGAUAGAACUUCUGCUAUUUUUGUCUACAGAGUUGGAAACCUCUAUGUCUAUAUCUAUUCGUAUUCCCAAAACUCCUUCUAGUUUCUAUAAGUUUUCCACAAAUACUCGUGUGAAUCUACUCUGCAGGAACGCGAUUGAGUACUAUUUCUAUUCAGAAUAGCUUCUUCUUCCUAUUUUGUUUCUGAUACAAGAACCUUAAAUAGGAAUUUACACAUAUUAGCACCACCACAAUCGCAGCCCUUCUCUAAGACUAGCACCUUGGGAGCUGCAGACCAGCAAAACGCAAAUAACCCUCAACCUACAACGAAAACGAAGAUUCUGGACCAAAAAGCGAGGCAUUUGAAGAUAGUGAAGGAGAAAAAAACUACCAAAUCUUUGGAAUCACUUUUAUGAACUUCAUCUACAUGGUGAGGAUGACUUCUACUCAGUAACAGUAACUGCUGGCUCUACUACUACUAACUUGAACUGCUGCUAGCAUACUACUACUAGUAGGAACUUCUAGAACCAGUUACCAGUAUUCGCUCUCUGCGGCCCCUAGCUUUCGUCUAAACCUACCCACUCCUACCUCUCUAAUGACCUGUGCCCUCGAAUGGGAUUAUGAUUUGGAAGCGCGCUGCUCGUGGAAUACUUGCAUCAUGAUCGUCACCUUUUUCUUUGUCCUAGGGAUGGGCGUCUGGGUAUAUUAUAACAAUAACUUUGUUUCUGAUCAUUAUCCUUUUGGCUCCUUUUGCUUUUGGUUUAAUGCCAAGCGUAACUACAACUUUUAUAAGUAGUAACUAAGUUUUGACAUUGGAACUACUCUUUCACAUACAGUACUAACCACAUCUAAGGCUCGUGUAAUUGCUGCCUUGUUUAUCAGCUACUCUGCCUAGUAGAUGAAGCCUAGGAAUUAUGCCUACCACAUUUCUUCACAGCACUCAAAGAACUCUCAGGUUCGUAUUGAUGCCCUCAUCGCUCUCCUUACACUAUCUUCCAUAUAUAUUCAAUUCCAUUUCUAUACUAACCAGCUUCCUCAUCUUAGUCAAACUCAGACAAACUCGACUCACUCUACAGGUUCACAAUGCUGCUAUUUUUUCGAUGGAGCAAGCUAAAAGUGACUUAGCUAGUAUCGUGCUACCUAGCCACGAUUGGGCAGGGAUGGAAGUAAUUCCAAGUCGCUUGCGCAAGGGCCUAAGGGUGAUAGACACUCUGAAACAAUUAUGGCAUACUGGCGAAGUAGUCUUUUAGUUUAGGUAAGAAUCAACAUGGAUCUUGUGAUAUUUCGAAUCUUAAGGUGGGCUAUUGGUCUAACAGUUUAGAAGACGAGACAGUAUCAAGGGGUUUUUGGCUUAGAAGACGAGACACUAUUUUACGGUUUAGAAAGAAGACGAGCUCUUGGUGGAUUUUUUUGGUUUUGAAGAAUUUUUUUGGUAUUCUAUCCAUAAAAUUUCUAACUCUUGGAGAGGCAACGUAUUUGCAUUCUACCGAAGAGAUGAUUAGCGAACUGCAGCGACGGAAAACGGCUCGCGGUCCUAAGCAUGGUCCCGAACAAUUUCCGGCUAGUCGGUAUUUACCUUAAUUAUAUAUUAAGUUCGUUGUAGAAGUUUACUUUACUAGAACUAGACACCAAUGAUGUUCUUGUUUUUCCAAAGACCUUCAUGAUGUUUUUGCCUGGAUGACAAACACAAAAGCCAACCCUUGUUUUCAUCCAAAUUUUAGCUGUGCAGGAGUAAAGACCCUGGAAGUAUUCGAAAACUCAAAAUAACCGAGUUACUGACUGAAAUAAGGGAGGUAGCUUGAUUUAAGGCUACUCUUCCUUGUUCAGACAGUAUCUCGCUUAUUUUAAGUAGUUACUUGCUUAUUUCAGUUUUUCGAAUAAUUAGCGUGUAGCUAAGAGGCGACGCUACAGCGCUUAACGUAUGUGUUCCAAAUCACGACCUCAAGUAAGUCGAGGAGCCAGACUGUAGACAACACUAUAAUAGACAAUUGCUCAAUGUUGUUGAAGGCUAUUUUUACCAUGUUGUACUAGCUUACAUAACAUCAGACAAUCACCUAUUAUUACAACAUCAAAUACUACAACAAGCGUACUAGCACUUAGGAGGUAAAAAAUAAUUCUUCUUGCUCAAGAUGACAUUACUUUUACUGGUUGGCAGGCUAACUACAUCCUUUAUAUACCAGAGUAGUUUAUAGCACACAUGGUGCAUGGAGGAGCAUGGAGUGCAUGGAGCGCAGAGCUUUAAGGGGCGCAAGAGGCUCCCCCUUUAGCUCCAUGUGAUCCAUGCACUCCAUGCCAUGCGCGCCAUGAAACCUUAUAAACUGCUCUGAUAUACAUACUACACACUCACAGCAUAGAGCGAAUGCAGCAGGACGUGCAAAGGAGCAAGGAGCGUCAAUAUCUUAAGGCUUCUCCUAAAGCUAGUGGUCCAUCUUCUUCUUCGGAAGCAUCCUCAAGCAAGAGGCUUCAUUUUGCUCAAGGGGAAAAAGCACUCUCCAGGAUGCACUAGUAUCAUGAGAUGGAAGAUUGGGUGGGCUCUUCUAAGGAGAUCCAAAACAUCAACCACGGAAUCGAUCUAUCUCUGUUUUCGUUGGGCGUUCUGGAUCCACGAUUCCAUGGAGGCAUACAAUUCUACAAAAACCUCAAAUGGGCAGAGCUAACUUUAUGAUGAAACGACCUACAAUGAUUGUACAUUUUUGAAUCUAGUCCAUUCAUCAUCUUUAAUAUGAUGAGUUUGGUCUUGAAGUAGUUGAUUACAUCUAUGACAUCAACAACUGGUUCUUGAUGUUGAACAAGUGUACAGAAUGAGAUGGUGGUUGUGGGUUUUUUACAGAAUCUGAUUCGCAACCUUCAUUACUGUACCUUACAAGAAAGUAAAUAAGAAUAGAAUGAGCAGAGAAGAAGAAGAGCAUGUUACUUAUACUUGCAAAGUAAACGUAUUGACUCCUAGUGUUUUCUAAUUCCUUUUUCAACAAUUCUUUAAUUUAUUGAAAUGAUCAAAGCAAGAUUUUCGAGUACAAUCAACCUCUUCUAAUACACGACCGGGAAAAAAACCUUUAUUUUAACCGCCAGAAGACCUUGUACGAGACGAUCGACUGUACUAGCAACUUUAUAUAUCAGAUGAUGAUUUUAUUAUUGCGUAUCCUUCUUCAAAAAGAAGUCUCAUACUGACUUUACUAGUAUGCUCAACUACACAAGUUUUUGUUUUGCCCUCGUCUCUAAAAAAAAACUACUACAUUUUUUUCUUCUCCCACAACCUUUAGAUCUCGACUUCGAGGCGCAGAGGAAUCCAGAAGAGAAACGGAUUCUCAACCACAACCGUGGGCAGCUCGACCUCAGGAGUUUUCUCUUAUGAAGAGCAAAGUUUCUUUCUUCAUGAGCAGCUUCCAAUGAAAUUUGACUUUGAGUUCCUGUUCAUCUAGGUGGUAUGUAAAUAUCAUUUCAACAUCCUGUUGAGCAUUCUACGUCUCUUUUCACUCCCUCUCCCAUGAAGAUUCCCCUUUAUUUAUUUAGAAUCUAUAUCUAAUUUCCCUCAUGCAAGUCGGCGAGUUGCAGAUGCGAGGGGUUUUGACUGAGGACGAUCUGAAGCAUAUGCUAAUGCAGGUCCAAGACGUGCAUAUCGAUAUGAGAGAGCUUGCGCAGAGAUGGACGAGUUAUUGGGUACAUUACCGUUACUACAACUGCUUAACUAUUACGAUUCUUGGGUAAGUAGUACAUUUUUACUACUAGUAAAGUAGCCACAACUAGUGUUUUUGUGAUCAGGUAAGUACAAGGAGUGGACUGUAAGUUGUACGUCGAACUCGAACUCGAACGUGAAAGUUGUACAAAACUUUUCGGGUAUUUGUAAGGCUAAUAAGUAGAAUUUCGGUUUCCUAUUCAAGAACUAUUGUUUAGAAAUACUAGUAAAUUUCGUCUGUGUAUGGUUCUGGUAUUUGGUAACCUGAAUUUGAUCCUAAGGGUUCUCUUCUUGUUUUCCCUUAUGGCCAAACUCAGGUUACCAAAUACCGGAACCAUUCAGUCUGUUUACGAUGAAGUAGUUCCUAGUUCUACUUCUUUCCUCAUAAAUAACAGAUGCACAGUUUAUUAUCAACAUCCCUCAACGUCUACCUCUACUUAGUUAGCCUCCUCAAGUUUUGCUCCUUUUUCACUUCUUGGCGUUUUGUUUUUAUUGUUUUUUCAACAUGUGGUGCAUGUGCAUGAUAGUCCGAAAGUUCUAUUUUUUCCUUGAUACUUGCUACUUGUAGUUUUUUUUGUCCGCGAUAAGCCCUCGUCAUAUCUUUUUUCUAGGAGACACAUAUUUUUUAUGUUCUAGAUACUUUCUGUCUAACUAAGUACCUAGUACCUACAAUCUACAUCUAGUCCUUUCAUCACUAUUUUGUGCUUAGUUUUUGUUUUUUAGUGUCCGUCAACCACACAUUCAUUGUUAUCUUUUUUAGGAAUCACACGGAGAUAGAAUAGCGGAUCCGCGUGUAGUUCUUGGCUGGAAACGGAAGUGGGCGCACAUCCUAUCCGCCGAAGCAAACGGCUUAGAGUACGGAUAUCAUAUCGUAUGA